CAGGUGCACUAUGGACAGAGAGGGUGUGUCCAUACUUAUUGCUGCUGAGUUUCACCUGAGAGCAAAAUAAGCCAGCUCUACCAGUACUGAAGCACUGCCAGACCUCCACGGACACACUUUCACUUUGGAUUAUCCCUCCACUUUAAGGGUUAGAAUGGAGCCUGUGUUCACCAGCAUGAGGCUAAAGGUGGCCGUGCUGUUUCUGCUAACAAUUGGGCUGGAGAGAGACAUGACGGAGGCGAUGCAGGUGACGUCCUCGGGGCCACAGACCAUCCAAAAGGGCCAGGGGGAGACGGUGACCCUGGGAUGCACCUACACCCCCGGCCCCCAGGACACGGGAGAGCUGGACAUUGAGUGGUCCAACGUCAUGCCGGACAUGACGCAGAAAGACCAUCUGAUCUUAUCGUAUUCAGCGGGCCAGACGCACCACUACGGUGACCCCAGCUUCUCCAAGAGGCUCAAGUUCAUAGCAGACCCCAAGCUGGGGGACGCUUCCAUCUCUCUCUCUGAUCUGAGGCACACAGACACAGCCACCUACCAGUGCAAAGUCAAGAGGGCGCCGGGUGUCGACAUGAGAAAAGUCACUCUGGUGGUGUUGGUUCCCCCAUCGGUGCCAAAGUGUUGGGUUGAAGGCGCAGAGGAGAAAGGUGGCCCGGUCUCCCUUCGUUGCAAAUCCUCUCAGGGAUCCACUCCUCUGAGCUACACAUGGAGGAGAGAGAGUGGAGGUGCAAUACCACCAACUGCAAUCCCAAACCUAGAGACUGGGGAGCUUUUGAUAAAGAACCACACAGACAGCAACAUUGGAAGUUACGUGUGUGAGGCGAAAAACGCCGUGGGCGCAAAACAGUGUAAAUACGCACUGCAUGCAUACAACCCUACCAAUAAGACGGGUGUCAUAGUUGGGGCUGUGAUAGGUGCUAUCCUGCUGCUGCUCCUCCUCCUGUUUCUCAUCUGGCUCCUGAUCUGCUGCUGUCACAAGCGUCGCUAUCAGAAGGAGGUCGCCAAUGAAAUAAGGGAGGAUGCCCAGGCUCCAGAGAGCAGACCCUCCAGCAGGAACUCUAGUUUCCGCUCAGUGUUGGCGUACCGCACCCACCCCGGGGUGCAAUACAGCUCCGUGAGGAAGAACCUGCCCAGUGUCAGUGAAUCAGCCCCCAGUCCCAUCUACACCGGCGAGAGUAACGGCAUAUUAAAGCCGAAUGCUGCAGGGGAGGGCCGUCCUCCUCUCAAUUAUGACCAUCGAUAUGGAUACCCUGUGUAGCUACAAUCCAAAUGACUUUUUUAGUUUUUGUAUAAAACUGCGCCUUCUGAUGAAAGGACUUUUUACUUUGAAUAUAAAAAUAUAAAAUUGUAAAGAACUCUAUGUAAAGUGUGUAUAUGACAAUUGGUGCAAUACAUUAUAUUUAACUGGAGAAUAAUGGGAGUGGUUAUACGACUACAGGGAGACUCAUAAAAUCUUAUCUCAGCCCUUGUACAAAUAUUAAUGUACAACUGGUUGACUUUCAUAAUGCACUAUAGCACAUUACUGCUUCUGAAUAGGUUCUCAUUGUUACACUGAUUUAGCUAAAACUGUGUGUAAAAUGUAUAUAUCGAAAGACUUGUAUUUUUAAUGGUGCCUUUUUUUCUAUGACGGACAUUAAGCCUCAUGAUUGUAUUACUUUUUUAAUAUAUGUGUACAAUAAAAUAUUUUUACUAUACGUUA